AUGAGUUCCUAUUUCGUCAACUCGCUCUUCUCUAAAUAUAAAAGCGGGGACUCGUUACGUCCGAACUACUACGAGUGCGGCUUCGCGCAGGACCUGGCGGGCAGCCGGCCCACCGUGGUGUACGGCCCGGGCUCCGGCGCCAGCUUCCAGCAUGCCCCGCAGAUCCAGGACUUCUACCACCACAGCGCCUCCACGCUGCCCAGCAACCCGUACCAGCAGAGCCCGUGCGCGGUCACAUGCCACGGCGAGCCGGGCAACUUCUACGGAUACGACGCCCUGCAGCGACAGACGCUUUUCGGAGCCCAGGACGCGGACCUGGUCCAGUACAGCGACUGCAAGCUGGGCGGCGCGCCGGGGCUCGGCGGCGAGGACGCGGAGGGCACCGAACAGAGCCCGUCGCCCACUCAGCUGUUCCCCUGGAUGAGGCCGCAAGCUGCGGGCCGGAGGCGUGGCCGCCAGACCUACAGCCGCUACCAGACCUUGGAGCUGGAAAAGGAGUUCCUGUUCAACCCCUACCUGACCCGGAAACGCCGCAUUGAGGUGUCACACGCACUGGCCCUGACAGAGAGGCAGGUAAAGAUCUGGUUUCAGAACAGGAGGAUGAAGUGGAAGAAAGAGAACAACAAGGACAAGUUCCCCAGCAGCAAGAGUGAGCAGGAGGCCGUGGAGCGGGAAAGGAGGGAGAAGGAACUGCACGAUGGGGAUGGAAGUGGAGGAAGCGGAAGUGGAGAAGGCGGAGGUGGAGGAGGAGGAGGAGGGGUCCCUGUGGCAGUGGCAGUGGCGGUGGCGGGCACAGCGGGACCACAGGUCCCUGUGAAUGAGGAUUGCUGCGAGAAAACCCACAAGCAAAUGUAG